AUGCUGGCAUCGAAAAAGCAUACUCGACAGGCGUUGUCGUUGGCAGACAAGAAGCGAAUCUGCGAGAUCUCGCAGUUGCUGGUCAAGUCCACGCAUCAACAGGUGGCCGAUGAGUUCAACAAGACGGCAGAGCGGAGUGUACAGCGUCUCAUGGUGACCAAGACAUUGCGGGAGAAGGACAAAUGGCUUGCCAUGGACGAGUCACAGUUGGGUCGGAAGCGCAUGCGCGGCGGCAAAUUCGAAGCGCUCGAGCACGCGUUGAGUCUGUAUCUGCAAGAAGCCCGUGCCCAGGGUGCUCGUUUGUCCGACAGCCUCCUCACGGCCCACGCAGAACGGCUGCGCGCGGAACACAACAUCAAGGACAGCGAGUUUAAGAUCUCGAACGGAUGGGUCCAGAACUUCAAACGCCGACACAGCAUCCGCAUGCACUCCGCCCAUCACGGCGGCAUGCAUGUCAAUCAUGGAGAUCCAGACGACGCCAAGGUUGGAGACCUGUCAUUUCUCAAGCUUGCGUCUUCCAUCGACACCACAGACACGCCGUCUUCGCCGUCCGCUACGCCUAGCCACCUCAGCGGCAUCCACCAGCUCAUUGUGGACGGAGGGUUCAAGCCCUCCGAUGUGUUUCAUUACGACGAGCAUGUGUUAUACUAUGGAACCCCCGCGUCUUCUUUGGCAAAAUCGAUGGAGCUGGCCCCAUCGCGCCAUCGCCCGCGCCGCCGCAUGCUCCUUGGACUCCUUACCAACGUCGUCGGAGACUGGCCCAUGGUAUCAUGCGUCCAAGACGUUGUCACAUCACAUGUGUUUGCAGACAUGUUGUACGCCGCCGACUUUGUGGACACCCAUCCCCAUGCCCACAUGACCAAAGCCAUCUUCACCAAGUUCAUCCUACAUAUCAACACCGUGCUGGCCGUCCAAGAGCCCCCGCGCCGCAUCCUCUGCUUCCUGGACGCGUCGCCGUGCCACGCCAUCUCCAUGGAGGGACACAUGAGCACCAUAUGCGGCAUGCGCACCGUCGAGCUGUCUCACAUGCUGCUGGCGUUCCUUCCUCCGCGGGUGCCGCCACAUCUGACCCCGCUUGGCGCCGGACUGACCACGUACUUUCACCUUCAGUUCAAGAUUACGUUGCUCAAGUGGCUGUUGUCUGAUACCACGUCUCCGUCAACGUCGGAACGUCGAACCAUGACAGUGUCGCAGCAACAAGUCCAAACCAUGCUGUGGGUCGCGCAGCUGUGGAAGACCAUUCCACCGUCCAUCGCCAAGACCAGCUGGAGGCAGUCCCAGUGGCUGCCUCCGUCGUGGGUUCAAGCGUGGGAGCAUGACGAUGUCGACGGCGAAGUCGAACCGAUGGCCGAGUCGCUGAUGGCCCAGGCACAGUCGACAUAUAAGGAACUUCAUGCGUUGUAUCAUGGCGCGUCUUUGAAGGAGGAUGACGAGGACCAUGCGCCGCCGCCGUCGCCUUCCUCGUGGGCAGAGUCGCCUCCCGAUGAGUCUGAGGACGCAGUCGUAGCCCCGACCGUGUGCCAGGCGCUGGAUGCCGCGCAUCAAGUGCUGACGUUCAUGGAGCAGCACCCAGUCGUGUUUACCCACGAUGACGUGGCAACAUUGCUGGGCGUGGCCAACCGUAUCAGUGGUUUUGACUAUCAAAAGGACCCCCCCACGCAAUAAUUGUGUUACGAGAUUGCCUUUGCACUCAAGUUGAAUGCAAAUGUUUGUGGGGCUCUCCACAUUCUUUGGCU